AGAUUUAAGAUAUAUAUUCAUUUUGUUCAAGAAAGUCAUGCUGUCUUCACUAUGCAGAAGAGUUUUGAGACAUUUGGUGAUCAGAUCAAGAGAAGUCAGGGGAGCUUCCUAUGCCUUCCCUUCAAGAACAUUUCAUCUGAACAGCAUACCCACUGUCAGACUCAGAACAAUGGCGAGUUGCGUCCACUUUAGCACGGCCACGCCACCACUUACAGACGGUGUCAGACCGGAGCAGCAGUCAGUCGAGGAGGUGGUGCGGAGAUUCUCCUCUCGCCAGAGGGAUUGGCACUUCAGACCUAUCGAUAGCUUACUGUCAGCUCUCAAAGACACAGACGCGGAGGACCGCGUAAGGAACUGUUUGUCGAUUUUGGGCGCCUUCCGUUCGGUGGCCGGCGGUCGGGGAGCCACUUCAGAACAUCUAGAGCAACUCUGGAAUCUGGUUACAGAGGAAGGCGGGGGUGCGCCGUCCGCGGAGGCCGAACUGCUGUGGCUGCAGCUGUACCGGGACGCGGCGCUGCCGCCGCCGGCGUCUCUGAGAGACGCCGUGGCGGCGCGCGCCGAGCCGGAGUCGGUCGGACACCUGGUGCGCUGUCUCUGCGCCGCCGGCCGGCUGGCCGACACUGCGCCGCUGCUGGAGCGACUGCGCGCCGCCGGUCACCAGCCGCCGCUGGACGCCCUGCACGCCGUCAUCGUGGCGCACGCCGCCGACGGUGACCUGGACACGGCGCGGGACAUGGCUCAGGCGCUGCUCCCGGCCGCCUCCGAGGACGACUCGGACCACCAGCUGCUGCUGAUGCGCGUCUACAUCGCGGCGCGCCGGCCGGGCCCGCUGGCCGCUCUGCUGUCCCGCUGGUACCAGCAGCGCGGACAGCUGACGCUCGGACAGGGCGUGUCGCUGCUGGGACAGCUGCUCAGCAGCGGCCAGCUGGAGCAGCUGCAGCAGGUGGUGCCGCUGGUGCCGUGGCCGCGCUGGGGCCACCACUGGGGCGGCUGUGUCCGCCUGCAGCGGCGGCUGGUGCGGCUCGGCCAGCACCGCACCGCGCUGCUGCUGCUCACCACGGCACUGAGUCACGGCGGCUCGGAGCGCGAGCUGGCCCGGCUGGCGCGCGCGCUGCUCACAGAGAUGGCCGUCACGGACCAGCCGGUGUCCGCGAUCGGAGAGGUGUGCGCCGCGCUGCACGACGGCCCCCUCCUGCCCACCGCCUGGUUCACUGCCGCCGAGGUACUGUACCGGGUCGGCCGGUGGAAGGCGGCGCUGGAGGUGCUGCUGGCCGCCCGCCGCGCCGGUCUGCCACUCAGAGAGCACCUGUUCUGGCCGGCGCUGCUGCAGCAGGCCAGGGAGGGCAGUGUGGAGGGUGUGCGCGACACACUGUCCGAGAUGGUAUCGUCGGGCGCGCCGCCCGGUCUGGAGACGCUCCGAGAGUACGCCCUCCCCGUGUACGAGCGGGACGCGUGGCCGCCGCCCGAGCGGGUGGUGCAACACCUGAAGGAGGCCGGGCUGACGGCGGCGGCAGCGGCAGACGCGCUGGUAGCCCGUCUGCUGGCCAGCGGACACUGGCACAAGGCGGCCGCGGCCUGUGAGCGGUACGCCUCCUCCGUCUCCGUGGCCGUGCUGAUACCGGCCAUACUGUACUCCGCGCAGCAUCCGGCCGGGCCCGCGGUGCCCGCUGACGCCUGCGCCCGCCUGCUGCGCUGCGCCCUGGACCGGCGGGCCGCCCACGAGGACCCGGUGGGGGCGGUAUUUGUGGAGCUGAGCCAGGCGGCGGCGCGCUCCCCCCGACAGGCCAAUCUGCUGCGGCAGCUGGUGCAGGCGGCGGGCCCGGCCGGGCUGCGUGUGUCCCCAGCAGCCGCCGAGCUGGCGUGUGAGCGGCUGCCGCCGGCCGAGCUGGCGGACCUCCAGUCGGCGCUACAGCGGCUGGCUGACGCAGCCGUCAGCUCCCAGCCCUGGGAGAACACCGACGCCGGCACCGGACUGCCUCAGGACGCCUCUGUGGACGACCUGGAGGACCACCUGGUGGAGCUCACCAAGAAGGGCGGAAACACGCGAGGAAUACUCAGGAAACUCAUCCUUAUGCACUGCCGAAAACACAAUUUGGAGCGAGCCGUUGCGCUGGAAGAGGAGCUGUCCCGGGUCAGUGAGCCGGGCGCGGACGGUGAGCCGCUCACCCCGGGCGUGCUGUCCGCCCUGCUGGCCGUUCACGUCCACCACGGCCGGCUGGAGGGAGCGCUGGACUAUCAGCGCCGCCUGGAGCGGAGCCCCGGCGCCGGCCGGUUCCUGGACCAGUUCAAACGGCUCGACCUGGCCGCGCUGCUGGUGCGCCGCGGCCACUCAGACGACGCGGUGUCGCUGCUGGAGCGGCUGGAGCCGGAGGACGACCGGUCUCGGCUGUCGAUGGGCUGCUGGCGCCUGCUGGCGGCUGCCGCCGACUGGGGCGACCCGGAGCUCACCGGCCGACUGCUGCGUCUGCUGGAGUCCAGGGGUGUGGUGGCGCCCACGGCUCACCACUGGGGACAGAUGGUCCGGGCGCACCUCGUCAGCGGCGACGUGGCCGGCGCGGUGGAGCAGUUUUGUCGGUGCGCCCGCGACCACCGGCUGGCCGCCUACUCGCACGGUCUGAUGGUGGAGGUGGCCCGGCUGGAAAACUCGGACCGGCGGCACCAACUGCUGGACGACGUGGCGCAACAGCUGGCGAAGCUGCACGGCGCCGACGCCGCCCAGUAUGAGCUGGCGCUGGCGCUCGCCGAGGCAGGUCACGUGAUCCAGGCGCGACGCGUCAUGCAGACACUGGGCCGGAGCGCGCACUUCUCGGGUGACCGGCUGAAGCGGCACUGCAGUCGGCUGGCGCGCGCCGGCGACUCGGACGCGCUGGUCACGCUGCUACAGGCGGUGCCACACAAGGAGGCACGCCAGGCUGUCUACUGGGCACUGCUCAACGCUUACGAGCGGACCGAAGACCUGGCCUCUGUGGAGGACGUGCUCAGUCGACUGCAGGAGGACGAGCUGCUCACCGGUAAAAUUGUCGCCCACGCCCGCCGCCUGGCCGCGCGGCUGCGGGCCCGGUGACGGCCGCCGGCGGGGUCAGGUCGCCGUCAUAUGGUGGUGCUAUAGACGGUACAGGUGUGUACCGUCGUAUCGUGUCGCAGGCUGUUAUAGUUGUCUGUUGAUUUCAUGUGUUACAGUAUGGCUCAAUUGUUUAAAUUAAACAUGAAAUAAAUGUGUUACUCGAAAUAUUUGCCGGUGUUAACACGUUAACGUUAAAGACGCCGAAGGUUGGAUUUUACUAUGCAUAUGCUUAAACUGCUUGAACAAAAUAAGCUAAAUUAAUUACAAAACAUGUAUUGUAACACAACUUGGGACAUCGGCAUGCUGGUAUUUCCGCGGAUUAUUAGUCUCAACAAACAUUGGAGCUGAGAUGAAUUUACCUAGUCAAAUUCUGCCGUUCUUCGCACAUGUUCGUUAGAUGUUAUGAUUAUUGGUUAUAAAGUUAGCGCGAACGGGCACUGGACUGAAAUUAUUGCGAAGGUAGGGCACUGGACUGAACGCGAGGCUACGUGGCCACUGCUGUGCUACUGGCGUCAUUUAUAGCCCGGAU